CAGAGCCCGAGCAAGGAGGCGAGCACGCAGCCCCGGCAGCCCCGCAGGAUGAAGGUGCUCACGACCCUCCUGCUGGCGCUGCUGCUGGCCCGGCAGCCAGGCAGAGGGCAGGCGCAGGACCAGGAGGAGGACGUGGACCUCGGGCUGGACGGCUACGACGGUGACGACGAUGAUGACGAUGACGACGAUGACGACGAGGAGGGGGAGGAGGCGGCGGCCAGCGUGACUGCCGGCAGCAGGGGCAGAGGCUUGCUGCAGUGUUACUCCUGCCAGGCCCUGCACGGCGGGGAGAGCUGUCACCACGUGCAGAGCUGCGUCCACGGCCACCGCUUCUGCAAAGCCAUCGUCUCCCACGGGAACACUGGGUCGGGCCCUCUGACCACCUACUCGGCGUGGUGUGCAGACACGUGUCAGCCCUUCAGCAGGACAGUGGAGGGGACCCUGAUGACCCUGACCUGCUGCCAAUCCGCCCUCUGCAACCUCCCGCCCUGGCAAGACUCACAGGGCACCGGGGCAGGGAGCCCCCUGGGCAGCCCCACAAUGGUGACCACCCUCCUGCUCAGCCUCCUCCCAGGCCUUCAGGCUGUGGGGUCCUAAGUGGGUGGUCCCCCCCUAGCCGGCUCACACCCUGGGGGGCCAGCACGCUUACCCACUCACCCACCCGUCGCGCCCCGGCUUUGGAGAAUAAACGUGGAGCACCUCCCACGGUCGGCCAGCACCGGCUCCUCCCCGCCCCGCGUGCACUUCGGGGGUCCGUCUGCCUGGCAUCUGUGGCCUCCUGCCAGGCCUCGGCUGCUCACAGGGUGGGUCCACACAGCCUGGGUACAGAAAACACCGUCACGUGCCAGGGGGAGCCGGCGCCACUGAACCGCCUCCACACACGUGACUGCGGCCUGGGUUCCUGAGA